AAAUUAUUGGACGGGACGCAUCGCAGGUGGCGGGGAGUGAUGUUGCCCCCUUCGUCUCCGAAAAGAAUCAGUCUUUCCAGUUUCCAUUGCGUUAAUUGUUAUUAGGCCUCUUACUUUCCAUCUUCUGCUAACAACCAUGGACCGUCAAUGGUAUCCUAACCCUAACCCUAAUCUGAACCACAGACCAAUCCAACCCAAUGUUUGCCCUUCUUGCUUCAUCCCACACUUCCCCUUCUGCCCCCCUCCUCCACCCACUUCCUCCUAUUACACCCACCCUCCACCACCUCACGCGCCACCCUUCCAGCCACCACCUCCCCACGCGCCCUCUUAUUGGCCCCCCGACUCCGACAGAACCUUCAAGAGACAGAGAAUCGAUGAUCCUCACUCUAAUUUCUUGGAAGACGAGCGAAGGCUCAAGCUGAUUCGCGAUCACGGUGUUGCCCUAGCUUCGCAGCAGCAGCACCACCAACAACCACACGAAGAGCUUCGCAACCACAGUAACUACACUACACAUGUUCAUCAAAACGGGUUCCCAAAUUUUCCGCAAAACGGUCAAUUCAGUAACGGUUCUUAUGCGCACGAUUCUUCUAGCGGUAGCUACCAUUACCAGGUACCUCAUGAUUUUCGAAAUCUCGAAGGGAAUCAGGGUCAAUUGAAUGGGAGAGUUGUGCAGUACCCUUACCCUUAUGCCCAUUCUGAUAAUGUGGCUCAUGUGGAAGCAUCGAGAUUCUUCAGGGGCCAGCCUCCUCUUCCUUCUUCUCCGCCGCCUCCUCUUCCUCCAGCUGAUCCGCCUAUUAAUCAGUCUUUGCAGUUGAAUGCUUCUUACUUUUCCCCACCCAAGAAACCGGGGUUUCUUUUUCCUGUUCAUGGAAGUUCCCCUGCUUCUGUGGCUCCCUCUCCCUCAUCGUAUUCACAGGUUCCUGAAGCUCAUGCGUUGCCCCAGCCUUAUUUUCAGAAUAAACAAGUUCCAGAAUUUUCCACUAGUUUUCCUCCUGAGGAACCAUCUAAGCGGUUAUUGGGGGAUGCUCAACCUUUUUCACUAAAGCAUUUGCCUGCUGAUAAACCUAAAGUCACUGAUGCGUCACACUUGUUUAUGCAUCCACAUCGAGCUUCCCGUCCUGAUCAUUUUGUGAUCAUCCUUCGAGGUCUUCCAGGUAGUGGUAAGAGCUAUUUAGCAAAGAUGUUGCGUGAUCUUGAGGUUGAAAAUGGUGGUGAUGCUCCACGGAUUCAUUCAAUGGAUGAUUAUUUCAUGACUGAGGUUGAAAAGGUUGAGGAUAGUGAUACUUCAAAGUCUUCGAGUUCCGGCAGAAGCAAGAAACUGGCAACAAAGAAGGUCAUGGAGUAUUGUUAUGAACCUGAAAUGGAAGAGGCUUAUCGGUCAAGCAUGUUGAAAGCAUUCAAGAAAACUGUUGAGGAGGGAUCUUUCAAAUUUGUCAUUGUGGAUGACCGCAAUCUGCGGGUAGCUGAUUUUGCUCAAUUUUGGGCAACUGCAAAGAGGUCGGGCUAUGAAGUGUACAUUUUAGAGGCAACUUACAAGGAUCCUGUGGGUUGUGCAGCAAGGAAUGUCCAUGGAUUUACACAGGAAGACAUAGAAAAGAUGUCUAGGCAGUGGGAAGAGGCUCCUUCCUUGUAUUUGCAGCUUGAUGUCAAGUCAUUAUUUCAUGGAGAUGAUCUAAAGGAAAGUAAAAUUCAGGAGGUAGACAUGGAUAUGGAAGAUGAUAUUGGAGAUGCUUUGCCUGCAGCACAAGGAAGAGAAGCCGAGAAAGUUGUUGACCCUCCUGUCAGGGAUGACACAAGUUCAAUUAAGGAGGAUGUGAAGGGAGGGGAUGCUGAAGGGGAGCAUCCAACAGAAGUCAGGGAAUUGGGCAAAAGCAAAUGGUCAGAAGAUUUUGGUGAAGAUGACACUGAUCAAACUGAAGGUAUGAGGGGCAAUAUUAAUGCUCUAUCUGGGUUAAUUCAUCAAUAUGGCAAGGAACGAAAAUCUGUACAUUGGGGUGAUCAGGCUGGCAAGUCAGGGUUCUCAAUAGGAGCUGCAAGGAAGUUAAAUGGUUUGUCUUUAGUGAUUGGACCUGGUGCCGGAUACAACCUGAAGUCAAAUCCAUUGCAUGAAGAGGAGAGCCUAACUCAUAAUAGCAGGGAGCCGAAGAAGGGCAGCAUAUUUCAAGAACAAAUCCGUGCUGAACGUGAGUCUUUCAAAGCUGUUUUUGACAGGCGACGGCAUCGGAUUGGUGGACUCAGUUUGGAGGAGGACUGAAUCAGAAGUUUUGGCUUACCAAGUAUGAUUCAUGCACAGCACAUUGAAUUUAUACCUUAUUAUUGGACUAAGUCCAUGUAACUGGGUAAGAAGAAAAGUUGAUAUGUUGGUUGGCUGGAAAAAGAACGUUUUCCCAGCGUCAGUUUUUUGUGAAUGAUGUUGUAAACUUUUAUCAGAAUGCUGAUACCAAGUAUACAUAUAUCUGAAUCUGAUAGGUCACUCCGGUACCUUUGUAUAUUAGGCUUUCAUUUCUUUCUUAUACAUUGUAUCGUAUUUGAUAUUUAUAUAUUGAAAAAAAAGUGAAAAUAUUUCUUGGA